AAGCCAUGCGCGGUGGCGCAGCUCCCCAGCGCUUUCCAGGUGAGGGGACCGCUGUGGCGACUGGACCCCCGCUGCCUGGGUGCUCGUGCAGGGGGAGAAACUGGCUCCCCAAAGUCGAGGGACCUCUGCCCGCAAAAAGUCUCCACUCAGAGUUUCUCAAUUCCUUACUUAGUUUUUCUUGCUCCCGAAAACUUUUGGGUGGAGGCGUCAAGAUUUUUAUUUUUUGGAAACUCUUCUGGGGAACGAGGAGGAGGAGAAAGUGAAAUUUGAUGGAGAAGAGCAGAGCGACUCCUCCUUGCUUUGCAUUAAACCUUAAUUUCCAGAAGAUUCCAGUGGUUAGUCCUGCUGGGAGCUGAGGCAGGCGCGCAGGAGUGUUUUGCAGGUAGAGACCCUCCACGGCUCCUGGGCCUGGCCCUCCCUCCGGCUUGGCUUGCAUGCUUGUGCCAUCCAUCCAAGCUGCAGCAUUCCUGAUUCUGCUCCUGGACGCUCAGUGGGGACCCAAGUGAAUGGCCCCCAGGGGCUGUGCGAGGCCUCUGCCUCCGCCACCUGCGCAGGCCUGGGUCUGCCCAGGAAAGAUGCUAGCCGUGGGGGCACUGGCCGGCUUCUGGGUUCUCAGCCUCCUCACCUAUGGUUACCUGUCCUGGGGCCAGGGCUUGAAGGAGGAGGAAGAGGGAGCCUUUGGACCUCAAGCUGAAGAGAGACCAGAACCCAGCACAGCUACCACCUCCCAGCCCCAUCUCAUUUUCAUCCUAGCAGAUGAUCAGGGAUUUAGAGAUGUGGGCUACCACGGAUCAGAGAUCAGGACACCCACUCUUGACAAACUCGCUGCAGAAGGAGUUAAACUGGAGAAUUACUAUGUCCAGCCUAUUUGCACACCAUCCAGGAGUCAGUUUAUUACUGGAAAGUAUCAGAUCCACACCGGCCUUCAGCAUUCUAUCAUUAGACCUACCCAACCCAACUGUUUACCUCUGGACAAUGCAACCCUACCUCAGAAGCUGAAGGAGGUCGGAUAUUCAACACAUAUGGUUGGCAAGUGGCAUCUGGGUUUUUAUAGAAGAGAAUGCAUGCCCACCAAGAGAGGAUUUGACACCUUUUUUGGCUCCCUCUUGGGCAGUGGUGAUUAUUACACACACUACAAAUGUGAUAGUCCCGGCAUGUGUGGCUAUGACUUGUACGAGAAUGACAGCGCGGCCUGGGACUAUGACAAUGGCAUUUACUCCACACAGAUGUACACCCAGAGAGUGCAGCAGAUCUUAGCGUCCCAUGACCCCAGGAAGCCCAUAUUUUUAUAUAUUGCCUACCAAGCGGUUCACUCACCACUGCAAGCCCCUGGCAAGUAUUUUGAACACUACCGGUCCAUUAUCAACAUAAACAGGCGGAGGUAUGCCGCCAUGCUCUCCUGCUUAGACGAAGCGAUCAACAAUGUGACCCUGGCUCUGCAGAGGUAUGGUUUCUAUAACAACAGCAUUAUCAUCUACUCCUCAGAUAAUGGUGGCCAGCCCACGGCAGGAGGGAGUAACUGGCCUCUCAGAGGCAGCAAGGGAACGUACUGGGAAGGAGGCGUCCGGGCUGUUGGCUUUGUGCACAGCCCACUUCUGAAAAACAAGGGCACAGUGUGUAAAGAGCUUGUGCACAUCACGGACUGGUACCCCACUCUGAUUUCACUGGCCGAAGGGCAGAUUGAUGAAGACAUCCAGCUGGAUGGCUACGACAUCUGGGAGACCAUCAGUGAAGGCCUUCGCUCCCCCCGCAUGGAUAUCUUGCACAAUAUUGACCCCAUUUACACCAAGGCUAAAAAUGGCUCCUGGGCAGCAGGCUAUGGGAUCUGGAACACGGCCAUCCAGUCAGCCAUCAGGGUACAGCACUGGAAACUGCUCACUGGAAACCCCGGCUACAGCGACUGGGUUCCCCCUCAGUCCUUCAGCAACCUGGGGCCCAACCGGUGGCACAACGAGCGGAUUACCCUGUCCACUGGCAAGACGGUGUGGCUCUUCAACAUCACAGCAGACCCGUACGAGAGAGUGGACCUGUCCAGCAGGUACCCCGGGAUCGUGAAGCAGCUCCUCCGGAGGCUCUCCCAGUUCAACAAAACCGCAGUGCCUGUCAGGUACCCCCCCAAAGACCCCAGAAGUAACCCUCGGCUCAACGGAGGAGUCUGGGGACCAUGGUAUAAAGAAGAGAACCAGAAAAAGAGGCCACGCAAAAAUAAGGCUGAGAAAAAGCAGAAGAAAAGUAAGACCAAGAAGAAACAGCAGAAAGCAGGUAAAACAGCAAAUUUGGCUCAAUAAUAUCCCCACCAUGAGCAUCGGACUCUUUCUCCUGUUGUGCCAGCAGUGGUUCUGCCACCUGCCCGCCCGGAACCCCGAGCUGCACCUGCCAAAGAUGCCUCGAGCCAGCCACGCCGAGAGGAGGAAGAGCUGCUCUCUCUCCUGCUCCUGCACAGAAGGUGGUCAGUAUCGAGUGCAACCUUGUUCUUCAGUCAGUCGACCAAAUCUAUGCUUUAAAUUAUAACCGGGGACCAUGACCUGCAAUGGAUGAACAUCCUAGUUUGAUGGAAAUUUCAGGAUAGCUUGAUUAAAAACUCCCUUCUUGGAUAAAAUGUAGUCAGAGUUUGUGACACCAUAAAGACCUUGAAAAAUGUAUUUUCUUAAUGAAUUUCUAUGUUUCGAUCAUAGGACACUUGACUCUUUUAAUUAAUUCUAUUUCAUGUAUCAUUUCCUUUCCUGUGAAAAUAAGCUGUUUUUCUCACAUGCGAACAGCUUGUACCUCAUUUUAUCACGCAUGAGGGGAUGGCAAAUACGAGUGAGCACACAGCCAAAGCAUGAAUGUACCUGUUUUCUAAAGGCUUUAACAGAAUGAUGUUUCAGUACGAAGUGCGUAAUUUAUUUUUACGGAAAAAAAGAUUAAUUAUUUUGCCUUCAUAAAAGUUUUGCAAAUGACUUUUAAUUAUUUUAUUUUUAUUUUAUACAUAGCAUUAGAAGAGAUUUAUUUCAUAUCUUCAAGGUUACCAAGCACUGUAAUACUUUAAAUGACUGUAAUGCUCUAUGAAUUCAUGGACUAUAAAAAGAAAAUCAGAAAAAAAUGAUGAUCAUUGUUCAACCAUUAUUUUGAAUGUACUAAGAUAAAUAUAUGCUUUAAAUAAUAGUUGGAAAUUCAAUGUUUGUACAGUCGAGAGACAACUUUAUUGCUUCUAUCAAAAGCAUUUUAUUUAUGUAUCUUUAUUAAAAUGACUUAUUUUAUGAUACUAGCAAGUUUAGUGUUGCAUUUGUGAUUGGACUCCUAGUUAAAACUCUUUUAUUCACCUCAGCAAAACUCUUUACAGAGAGGCUACUGAAGGUUAUGUUUCCUGACAACAAUAGUUCCUACUGUUGUAGGAACUUUACAAAUAAGAGACGCUUCCAAUUGGCUGUCGCAUGAGGAAAAUGUUCUCUUGUUAAUAACUGACCUUUAUAAUGACCCUGUUCUUAUAAAUAGUGGAAAAAAUGGGGCGAUACAGAGGAAUAAAAAUUCCGAUCCUUCCUGGUGUAGUUAAACAUCUAGUGAGAACUCACACACUCAAGUACCAUGAGGAGGAGUAAGGAAGAAUGAUCUGUCAUGAGGAUGAUCACGGGUCACCGACAAGCCGUGAUGGGUGUUCCUUCUGAUGCAGAAGACUCGAGUUCUCAUAGUU